UGGAUUAUUUUUCAAGACCUGGAGUUUUUUAACCUGGAAAUUUUUGUCCACAAAAACAAAAAUAAAUAAAUAGAUAAAUAAUUAAUUAUUUAAAAAUGGCAGAUUAUCCUGAUAUCAAUAUACGACUGGCAGUACAUCGUACUGAUACGAAUUUAAUAUCAAGAGAUAAUAUCCAACCACGUAUUUAUACUCCUGGAGAAGGUGUAUUGACUCAAACGGAUUAUUUGAGAGGUCACGGAACAUACGUCGAUGAAGAUGAAUGUCUGAGAGCAUCAGUAGCAGGAAUACUAGAAAAAGUAAACAAAUUGAUAACAAUACGUCCCCUGAAAGCUAGAUAUCAAGGAGAGAUCGGUGACGUUAUCGUUGGCAGAAUAACUGAAGUACAGCAGAGUCGUUGGAAAGUUGAUACUAAUUCAAAACUUGACUCCGUUCUACUUUUAUCAAGUGUCAAUUUACCCGGUGGAGAAUUGAGACGAAGAUCAGCCGAAGAUGAACAAACUAUGCGCCGUUAUUUACAAGAAGGCGACUUAAUUUGCGCCGAAGUCCAGAGUACUUACGCCGACGGCUCUCUGUCUCUCCAUACCCGUGUCCUCAAGUACGGAAAGUUAUCCCAGGGGGUGAUGGUAAAAGUUCCCCCGGCUCUAAUUAAGCGCAAAAAAACUCACUUCCAUCAUCUAGCAAACGGCGCGACUUUGAUUCUCGGUAACAACGGCUACGUUUGGAUCGGAGCCAGCACCCAAAACGCCGAUCGAUCUGAAGGUGGAUUCACUCAAGACCUGUCUCGUGUGACCCACGAAGACCGGGAGAUUUGCGCCAGAUUGCGAAACUGCGUCUUGAUUCUCUCCACAUGCAACAUUCUGCUGACAGACACCUCAGUAACUUAUGCCUACGAGGAGUCAAGUAAAUAUAAAGCCUUGGAAACUAAAACCAACCGGGUUGAUAUGGUUGAUAGUCUGGUAAACCUCGACAUGGACGCCUGUUUCUCAGCUUUCGAUAGGGACGCCGAUGGGUUCCUAUCGAUCGAAGAGUUUGAAUUAAUAUGCCGGGCACUUUUUCGUAAUGAUCGAGGUAAAAUUUACGGAGUAGAAGACCACCAGUUGCGUGAGAUAUUUGAUAUUUUUGAUACUAAAAACGACGGCGUUAUUGAUCCAGAGGAAUUUGAGGUCUGCUGGAAUAGGUGGAUUAAAACAUGUACGAGACCGAGGAGCGCCUUUUUGAUUGUUGAUGUCCAGAAUGAUUUUAUAACAGGGUCAUUAAAUAUAAAACAUUGCGCGGCACAACACGACGGCUCGGAAGUUAUCGAACCGAUAAAUCGUCUUCUGGAUACUGUCCCUUUUGAUUCGGUUUUUUAUUCAUUAGAUUGGCAUCCUGUUGAUCAUGUAUCGUUUAUUGACAAUUUGCAUCUGAGAGAAGUUGAUGAGUCGAGUCCGAUACCAAAAGAAAAUGCUAAAGUAUAUGACACGGUGACAUUCAAAGGUCCGCUGGGUUUGAAACAGCGCCUGUGGCCGCGUCACUGCGUCCAGGAUUCCUGGGGCGCGGAACUUCAUAAAGAUUUGAAAGUUGUUGAUAAGGCGAUUAAAAUAUACAAGGGAACAAACCCGGAGGUUGAUUCGUACUCUGUGUUUUGGGAUAACAAGAAAUUAACGGAGACAACUUUGUCGAGUCAGCUGCAGGACAAGGGAGCUACGGACAUUUAUAUCUGCGGGCUGGCGUAUGACGUCUGUGUGGGAGCGACGGCUGUGGACGCGCUCACCAGCGGCUACCGCACGAUCCUCAUUGAUGACUGCAGCCGCGGAGUUGAUCUUGUGGACAUCGAAAAGACCAAGGCGAUGGUGAUCGCCAGCAAUGGAGUUAUCGUUAACUCCAGCCAGGUGAAGGCCAUGGUCGAGGGCCGCGACCGCAGGCCUGAGCUCGGUUAUAAAUUAGCUCUGGAAAUAAAACAUUCGCUUAAAGAAACUAAGGAUAAUAAAAAUAAAUAAUUGGUUAUCUCGUAUUAGCUAAAGUUGUUUAGUAAUGCGGAGUACUUAAUGCUUUAUUUAUUUAUUUAAAUUAUUAAAAAAUAAUUAAGAAAUCGAGAUGCUGGAGUUAAUAGGCAAUAAUUUUUGGAUUUUUUUUUUCAACAAAUAAAUUACUAAAUAAAAAAAAAUUUUAAAUGCACAUGUAGAGAAUUUAAAAAACUACAGGUGCAAUUUUUUAAAAUAUUUUUUUUUUAAUAAUUUAUCAUUUAAAAAAAAAAACAAAAGUUAUUAGACGUCGGCUAAAUUCAGUUUCAUAAAAUCAUGAUCCUGGUUAGAAGACAAUUAAUAAUUUUCAAAUUUUUUUCAACAAUUUAAUAUAAAAAAAAAAUUGCACAUGUAGAAAAUUAAAAAAACUUUGAGUGCAAUUUUUUAAAAUAUUUUUUUUUUAUGAUUUAUCAUUUAAAAAAAAUUCAAAAAUUAUCAGACGUCGGCUGAAUUCAGUAUCAUAAAAUCAUGAUCCUGAAGUUAGACGACAAUAAUUUUUAACAUUUUAAUGUAAAAAAAAAUGUACAUGUAGAAAAUUAAAAAAACUACAGGUGCAAUUUUUUUAAAUAUAUUUUUUUUAUCAUUUAUCAUUUAAAAAAAAAUUAUCAGACGUCUGCUAACUCCAGUGUUAUCAUAAAGUAAAACUAGUUUGUAAAUAAUAUUUAUCAGUUUUUAAAAAAUGUUAAUAUUUUCCUGCUGUUGAAAUCCGUGUCUACCAUUGCACCUUAUUAUGUCAUGCAGUUGUUAUUAAUUACUGUAAAAUAAUUUAAAAAUAAAGCGUAUUAUCAUGUAAAUUAAUAU